GAUCGACUUGAUUAUAAAGAAGCUAGACAAUGGGAGAAUAGACGUAAAUCGGUCAAAGAGGGAUCCUCAUUUAACUUUCAUAACACAACCUUUACUGGGAAUUCUUUGUUGGGCGACUCUGGGAUCAUCAACGAUGAAGGAGAACCCCUGAAAAAAUGGGAUUUUAGGCCACGGAAGAAAGUAGACUAUUCUGAUAUUUCAGAUUCCGAUAUAACGGACUUGAAUUAUGAAGAGCCAUCAUUGGGAAUUGAUCAUUAUGAAUUGGUAAACAAAAUCGCUAUGCAAAAUGAUAAUGAUGGAUUCCAAACUCCUCCUCAUCAAAUCGUCAGUAACAUAUACAAUGAAGAAAUAUCAAUUAACGAAAAUAUCUUAAGAAUGUCUGCUAAAAGCUUGGUGAAGCUUGAUGAAUCUAAGGAAACAACUGAAAGUGGGUCAAUAAAAAGUAUAUCAGAUUGGAUUCGUAUUACGGAAGAGCUGGGAAUUGUGAAAGAGAAAGAUAACAAAGAGCUAAUACAAAUAAAAAAAUAUUUGAAUCGAGUUAUGCUUCCGUUGAUCGAAUCAUUUACAAAUCCAACCCCAGAUAUCAGUGCGACAAACAGUAGUGAACAUCAUUAUUGGUCAGAAUUUGGGCAUCGAUUUUUCUCAAGGGCAUUACAGGAACUUAUAGGUCUCGAUUGGAAGGCGGUAAUUGAUGGAAAAUCUGCAGAUUUAUUAGCGUGGAUAGAGAAAACGGGCGAAGAAAUUUUUGUUGGGGAACAAGCCGGACCUCCCACCAAAUGUUAUUUAACAAAAUUGGCAAUGGAUUCUUUCAAAUUAUACAGAGAGAUGUGA